CCACUAACUCGCUGGCUCAUGCAGACGAACCUCGCCACACUCACUCAUGUGCACACACCACCUGGACGGACCGGACCAUAGGCAGGCGGUGGAGUGGACGGACGGACGGACACGCCGUGUGCAGCACACACAGCCCGUCUGGCGUGCCCUUAAUCACAUGUGGCGCGCUCAGACGUCUGGUGCACCACGUCAGAUGCGGCCAGCUUGUCGAUCAGCGGCUUCGGCUCCCUCUUCACCUGCAAGGAUGCCAUCCAUAUUAUCCACAUGUAUGUGUGUGUGUGUGUGUGUGUUGUCUCUCUCCAACUUACGCACCUACCAGCGCCUGUUGCCACACGCGAGGGUCGCUACGCGCCAGCCGAAGCACACUGAACAGACAGAGGGAUGAAGGCAUGUGCCAAGGACAGACCGACCAGGCAGUGUUACUGACCUCGGUCCUUGGGAGGGAGGGACACGCAGCCAUUGCUCCUCAGGACGGCCAUUUUGUUUGGCCUGGCAGUCGCCCUCCACUGCAGACAGCAUCUACCAUACCAGCAACACGCGAUGGAUGGCUCAACGCCCUGCAGGGCCCGGCAGCCAUCCACACGAACGAAACACAGCAGAGAUCUGACUGACAUCUCUGUGUAUGUGAGGUGGUUGCAGACCUGUCCAUCCGCUCUUUCAUCUUCUGUGAGGGCUGCUCAGCUCCACGGAGGUGCGGACACGGCGCUCAUCAUCACCUGGGCUGAUUGUUGGUCGCCGUCGAAUGUAACCAUCAUCUCAUCGUUUUCGCUCUGAAGUUGGUCGGAUCAAGAUCACCGACGAGGGUCAUCACUACGCCGCGCCAUCACGG